CCGCCCAGGCGUCGCUGAGUGGUGGCGGCGGGGAGAAUGCGCGCGGCGCAGCCAAUCCGGGCGCGCUCUUACGCCCCCUGCCCGCCCCCCGACCUUCCAGCGCAGAGCAGGAUACUGGCGCCGCGGGGCAGGCAGCUGCGUGCGCGUCUCCUCCGGGCAGCAAGGGGAACCCGAGGCCGCCGGCGCCCCGACCAUGUCCUCUCCGGGGCCGCCGCAGCCCCCGGCGGAGGACCCGCCCUGGCCCGCGCGCCUCCUGCGUGCGCCUCUGGGGCUGCUGCGGCUGGACCCAAGCGGGGGCGCGCUGCUGCUGUGCGGCCUCGUAGCGCUUCUGGGCUGGAGCUGGCUGCGGAGGCGCCGGGCGCGGGGCAUCCCACCCGGGCCCAGGCCCUGGCCCCUGGUGGGCAAUUUCGGUCACGUGCUGCUGCCUCCCUUCCUCCGGCGGCGGAGCUGGCUGAGCAGCAGGACCAGGGCCGCAGGGAUUGAUCCCUCGGUCGUGGGCCCGCAGGUGCUCCUGGCUCACCUAGCCCGCGUGUACGGCAGCAUCUUCAGCUUCUUUAUCGGCCAUUACCUGGUGGUGGUCCUCAGCGACUUCCACAGCGUGCGCGAGGCGCUGGUGCAGCAGGCCGAGGUCUUCAGCGACCGCCCGCGGGUGCCGCUCAUCUCCAUCGUGACCAAGGAGAAGGGGGUUGUGUUUGCACAUUAUGGUCCCGUCUGGAGACAACAAAGAAAGUUCUCUCAUUCAACUCUUCGUCAUUUUGGGUUGGGAAAACUUAGCUUGGAGCCCAAGAUUAUUGAGGAGUUCAAAUAUGUGAAAGCAGAAAUGCAAAAGCACGGAGAAGAAGACCCCUUCUGCCCUUUCUCCAUCAUCAGCAAUGCCGUCUCUAAUAUCAUUUGCUCCUUGUGCUUUGGCCAGCGCUUUGAUUACACCAAUAGUGAGUUCAAGAAAAUGCUUGGUUUUAUGUCCCGAGGGCUAGAAAUCUGUCUGAACAGUCAAGUCCUCCUGGUCAACAUAUGCCCUUGGCUUUAUUACCUUCCCUUUGGACCAUUUAAGGAAUUAAGACAAAUUGAAAAGGAUAUAACCAGUUUCCUUAAAAAAAUCAUCAAAGACCAUCAAGAGUCUCUGGAUAGAGAGAACCCUCAGGACUUCAUAGACAUGUACCUUCUCCACAUGGAAGAGGAGAGGAAAAAUAAUAGUAACAGCAGUUUUGAUGAAGAGUACUUAUUUUAUAUCAUUGGGGAUCUCUUUAUUGCUGGGACUGAUACCACAACUAACUCUUUGCUUUGGUGCCUGCUGUAUAUGUCGCUGAACCCCGAUGUACAAGAAAAGGUUCAUGAAGAAAUUGAAAGAGUCAUUGGUACCAACCGAGCUCCUUCCCUCACAGACAAGGCCCAGAUGCCCUACACAGAAGCCACCAUCAUGGAAGUGCAGAGGCUAACUGUGGUGGUGCCGCUUGCCAUUCCUCAUAUGACCUCAGAGAACACAGUGCUCCAAGGGUAUACCAUUCCUAAAGGCACAUUGAUCUUACCCAACCUGUGGUCAGUACAUAGAGACCCAGCCAUUUGGGAGAAACCGGAGGAUUUCUACCCUAAUCGAUUUCUGGAUGACCAAGGACAACUAAUUAAAAAAGAAACCUUUAUUCCUUUUGGGAUAGGUAAAAGUGAAGGAAAGAGGGAAGCGGGUGUGUAUGGGAGAACAACUGGCAAAGAUGGAAUUAUUCCUAAUGUUUGUGAGCCUAAUGCAGAGUUUCACAUUUGCUUUACCUAAGGAUUCUAAGAAGCCCCUCCUGACUGGAAGAUUUGGUCUAACUUUAGCCCCACAUCCAUUUAAUAUAACUAUUUCAAGGAGAUGAAGAGCAUCUCCAAGAAGAGAUGGUAAAAAGAUACAUAAAUACAUAUUCUUCUAAGCAGAUUCUUCCUACUGCAAGGGACAGUGAAUCCAGCAACUCAGUGGAUCCAAGUUGGGCUCAGAGAGGUCAGAAGGAGGGUAGAGCACACUGGGAGGUUUCAUCUUGGAGGAUUCCUCAGCAGGAUACUUCAGCCAUUUUAGUAAUGCAGGUCUGUGAUUUGGGGGAUAGAAACCAAAGUACCUAGGAAACGGGAUAUCUAGAUUUUACUUGCAGUGGCUUCCACCAAUGGGCCGAUCUUCUCAUUUCUUAGUGCCUCAGACAUCCCAUAUGUAAAAUGAGAGUAAUAAAACUUGGCUUCUCUCUA